CAUUUAAAGCGUAAUAGCGUAGGCGACUUACUGGCUUACUGCACGGUGCACACAUCAUUUGUGAAUUGUGAUUCUUUAGCGUGCUAUUUGAAGAAAUUUUGAACUACACAAUUUCAGCCUUUACUUAAUUUUUUUUUCUCUCUCUUUUUUCCCUAAAAAAAUCACUCAAAUUUCUUUAGAAAUAAUUGUUGAUAAAAAUGUCGUCUUUUUAGUAAUAAUUUCUGGGUUUGGUAUCAAAAUUUGGUGGAAAUGGAAGAAUCAUCUGCUGAAAAAAUGAGCUCAGAAACAACAAUAAUCUCCCCUGUUCAUCAAACCCACCCUCUUUCCUCUACUAUCCACUCAGAGACCAUAGUUACGUCUACACGCCUAUCGAUAGAGAGCCAGGACACAACAUGCUCCCUGGAUCAAUUAAUUGCAAGCUUGUGUAAGGAGAUAGAAGACAAAGAUGCAAGAAUAAUGGAAGUAGAGCAGAAGUAUAACCAAACUUGUGAAUCUCUUUCCAAGUUUGUUGCCAGCCUCGUUCAAGAGAUUGAGGACCAAAUCAAGAGGAUGAAUGAAUUGAAGCAGGAGAACAAGAAGAAAGAUGCAGCUUGUAAAUCAACUUCAAGAGCACUUGUUAGCUUCAUGAAUGAGGUUGAUAGCAAAGACCAGCAAAUUAAUGACCUGAAGCACACUUGUAGUGAGAUGUAUAGUGAUAUAAGAAAGCUGGUGGAGGAAAGAGAUUUGCUGCACAGAUUAAACAUCCAAGGCGAAAAUCAGCUGCAGAGCAUAAGUCGAAUAAACAAAAGGCUGAAAUCAGAAUUGAAAACUAUCACGAAAGAGGUUACUGGAGAGUUGGUGCAAGGCGUGGGUGGACCUCAAAGUAAUGAAGGGCAAAGUCAUUCAAUGCAAGUGACAGGUAGUUCAAACACUGAUAUUAAUGCUCUAAAGAAAGAAUUGGAGGAUAAAACAGAUGAAGUGCUUUACUUGCAAAACCUCAACCAAAUUCUUAUACUCAAGGAGCGCGAAAGCAACAAUGAGCUCCUGGAGGCUCAGCAAGAAUUGUUAAGUGGUCUGCAUUCAGUACUGAGUAAUCGAACAAUGCUUGGGAUUAAAAGAAUGGGAGAACUAGACACAAAACCAUUCCUUGAAGCAUGUGCUGAUAAGUUUCCAAAAGAAGAUCAAGGGAUUAAGUGUGCUGAAGUAUGCUCAAUUUGGGAAGAUCGUCUGAAAGAUGCAAAAUGGCACCCUUUCAAGCACAAUAUCAUAAAUGGGAAUCCGCAGGCAAUCAUUGAUGAGAGUGAUGAGAAGCUGGAAGAGUUGAGAAAAGAAUGGGGUGAGAAAGCAUACAAAGCAGUGGUCACUGCUUUGAUGGAACUGAACGAGUACAACCCCAGUGGGAGGUAUCCAGUUCCGAAAGUUUGGAACAUCAGAGAGGAAAGGGAAGUGAGUCUGAAGGAGGUAAUAGGGUACAUAAUCCAGCAGCUCAAAACACACAAACGCAAACGGCGGUAGUAGACUAAAGCUAAGCAACCAAGGGAUCAGAGUUCAGCAAUUGGUGCGAUUGUUUGAGACUAGAAGAUGAAGCAUGCAUGAAAUUAGAAAAAUGUAUUGUAAAUGAUAAAUUGAUAUUCUGAAGUGUAUAAAACUGAAUUAAAUUUGAGGAGUAUGAACAAGAUUAUCUCA